AUGGAAGGGAAGCGAGGAGGGACGCAAGCCACGAGGACAGGCGAGGGCCACGCUUGGCGGGCAAGUGACCCAGGCCGCAGGACGACCGCCUCUUGGCUGGCUGGUCAUAGUGAGAAGCAACGGAAGGCAGCAGCUGUCUGCUCACUCCAACUUUCCUUUUUUUGCUUUUUAAAGCCAAUCACUAAUUGCCAGACGAGCAACCAGAAGACCGACAAGAAAAUGGCCGACAACUACGGCGCAUCUCUCCCAGACCCGAGGGCUGAAGUGCCUGCUGUGGCUGACCUCAAUGCGCCGACGAGUUUGACCCCGGUCGCACCGCUAGCCAGCCCAGUUCCUCCCACGGACAUUGCAGUGUCAAACAACUCUACGUCUUCUCUUUACUACUCACUCCACUCCACGCCCCGAUGCUGCACCGGCCUUUUGCGCAGGCGCCGCACAAAGCGGCGGACUACUAAUCAAGACGAGCACCUUGCGCGUGUCAGCUGCCACCUCACCAUGGAAGAGAGAUUGAACCUUUGCAUGGAUGUGGCCAAAAACUUGCUCGACUCGGUUUCCUCCGGCACAGUGCCCCGGCCUUCCGUUCAGUCAGGAAGCGUCUCGCUUCCUUCUCUGCCUCUCCUCCAACAGAUAUUUCCCAUCAACACUUCCUGCAAAGGACACAUUAACGGUCCUCGUCACCUCCGCGUCGGUCGUAUCAUGCCUCGGCUCGCAUCCCCAGCAACGCCAGGCGCAGGCGCACCUAGACCCCGCUGCGACAAUGAAGCCACUUCCAACAUGAAUGUUGAUUCCAACUUGGAGGCAGCUACAGCGCAGCAGGAGACACGAAACGCAGAAAACCAAUUUGCAGAGGAGGCGGGCAAAGCACUCGAGAGGCUCCACUUCUAG